CCAAGACACACCUCAACCAUAGUUAUCAUGUCUCACAUAGCUGUCGAGAGGAACCGAAGAAGACAGAUGAAUGAACAUCUCAAAGUUUUAAGAUCGUUGACUCCUUGUUUCUAUAUCAAAAGGGGAGAUCAAGCAUCUAUAAUAGGCGGUGUCAUAGAAUUCAUCAAGGAGUUACACCAAGUUCUUCAGGCUUUGGAAUCCCAGAAAAGAAGAAAGAGUUUAAGCCCUAGCCCAGGUCCGAGUCCACGAACACUUCAGCCAAAUUUUCAUCAACUUGAUAGCUCCUCCAUAAUUGGGCCCAAUUCUUUCAAGGAACUGGGAGCAAGCUGCAACUCUUCUGUUGCGGACGUUGAAGUGAAAAUCUCUGGUUCAAAUGUGAUCUUGAAAGUGAUCUCCCAAAGAAUUCCGGGUCAAGUUGCAAGGAUCGUAACUGUUUUGGAAAGUCUUUCCUUUGAAGUUCUUCAUCUGAACAUCAGCAGCAUGGAGGAGACUGUCCUUUACCAGUUUGUGGUCAAGAUAGAACUGGGAUGUCAACUGAGUCUGGAGGAACUGGCAAUGGAAGUGCAACAAAGCUUCUGCUCAGNCUUGAUCCUUGAUCCUUGA